AUAACUUCCAAAAUGAACAUUCAGAUUCCUGACAGAGCUUCUAGUACGGGUACCAAAAAUUCUGCUGGUAUUACCAGUUUUCAAGCCACCUCCUUGAUUACCAUGCCAAUAGAUACUUCUUCAGUGUCUCGUUCUUCAAAACCAGGAAUUGACAAUACUGUUGUCUGCAAGCAAGGUGAUAGAAGUUCAAGAUCAGGCUACUGUUUUGCAUAUAAACCGGACAAUCCAUUAUGUGAAGGUCAAGCUUUGAAAGACGACCUGGACUUAACUAUCCCAGAUGAUGGGAGUGUGAGCAGUGACCAAAACGGUGUCCCAAGGUCAAGAAGUACUGAAGGUCAUUAUUUCACAAGAGUUGAAAGAAAUAUAGCUAGUAGGUCCGUCCAGUUUGCACCUGAGACAUUGUCUAGAAUAAACCCCUUAUUACAGCAAGAGACAAAUUGUGAUGAAAAGUAUAAAGAAUAUUCCUCUAAUGGUCACAAAAAUGACCAUGCUACUAAAGAAAAUAUUUGUCCAAAUUCAGGUAAUGGUCUGAUUAUCGAUGGUGAUAAUAAUGUUGAUGACGUAUUCCGUUACAGUACAAAAUCAUCUCAGAGCCAGAACAUAGUGCUCUCUCCAAUUCCUGUAACCAACAAAAUGACCUUUACUGGGCUUGUUUCUCAUUCAGAGAGGCAAGGCACGAACGAUGGUCAAAGACCAAGUAAUAUGCCAGUUGUAAACUAUUCCGAAAGCCCAGAGUGUUCAAAACAUAUCUUUGUAACCCAGCCAAGCAUGGGUACACAAACGCCUUUAAGAGUUGAAGCCUUAGAUGUUUCAUUGCCAGAUAAGCAUUCGCAGGAGGUUGCUGAAAUAUUAGAUUAUGUGAAGCAACAGGAUAAGAGGGUUAAUGCAUUAAAAGAGGAAGUUGAAGAAAGGAACAACCGUAUUGAGGAGUUGGUGGCAACAAAUUCUAAGCUCGCUGCAAGAGUGAUGGUGUUAGAAACGGCAGUGGCCUUAAUACAAGAAAAAUUAGAGUCAUGAUGUCCAGUCAUGUUGCGAGGUUUGAGUUAGGAAACGUUAUUUUUAUAGAUGUUUCACGCGAUGUUUACUUCAAGAAUUAGUGAAUAGUGGCAACAAAUUCUAAGCUCGCUGCAAGAGUGAUGGUGUUAGAAACGGCAGUGGCCUUAAUACAAGAAAAAUUAGAGUCAUGAUGUCCAAUCAGGUUGCGAGGUUUGAGUUAGGAAACGUUAUUUUUAUAGAUGUUUCACGCGGAUGUUUACUUCAAGAAUUAGUGAUAGUGGAAACAAAUUCUAAGCUCAGUACAAGAGUGAUGUUGUUAGAAACAGCAGUCGCCUUAAUACAAGAAAAAUUAGAGUCAUGAUGUCCAGUCAGGUUGCGAGGUUUGAGUUAGGAAACGUUAUUUUUAUAGAUGUUUCACGCGAUGUUUACUUCAAGAAUUAGUGAAUAGUGGAAACAAAUUCUAAGCUCAGUACAAGAGUGAUGUUGUUAGAAACAGCAGUCGCCUUAAUACAAGAAAAAUUAGAGUCAUGAUGUCCAGUCAGGUUGCGAGGUUUGAGUUAGGAAACGUUAUUUUUAUAGAUGUUUCACGCGAUGUUUACUUCAAGAAUUAGUGAAUAGUGGAAACAAAUUCUAAGCUCAGUACAAGAGUGAUGUUGUUAGAAACAGCAGUCGCCUUAAUACAAGAAAAAUUAGAGUCAUGAUGUCCAGUCAGGUUGCGAGGUUUGAGUUAGGAAACGUUAUUUUUAUAGAUGUUUCACGCGAUGUUUACUUCAAGAAUUAGUGAAUAGUGGAAACAAAUUCUAAGCUCAGUACAAGAGUGAUGUUGUUAGAAACAGCAGUCGCCUUAAUACAAGAAAAAUUAGAGUCAUGAUGUCCAGUCAGGUUGCGAGGUUUGAGUUAGGAAACGUUAUUUUUAUAGAUGUUUCACGCGAUGUUUACUUCAAGAAUUAGUGAAUAGUGGAAACAAAUUCCAAGCUCAGUACAAGAGUUAUGGUAGUAGAAACAGCAGUCGCCUUAAUACAAGAAAAAAUAGAGUCAUGAUGCCUUGUUCAUAUCGGCCAGUGAGCUCUCUCUAUAUAUAUCUGGAGCAAGAAUUUCAGUCAUUCGACCUGUAAGAAAAGUGUAGCCAAGAUGGCGGAAUUUACGUCCAAUAGAUAGGAAUGUUUCGCUAAUCAAGUUAUGAGUUCAUAAAACUAUAUAGUAUUAUUCUUUAAAUCGAG